AUGCCCAAAAACAAGUCGACCGACACCGCGAGGAUUUUGGGGAUGUAUCCAAUGCCUUCGAUCUGUCACCAAGUGGUGUUCUCAGCCCUGACCCUGGAAUUGGCGAAGCGAGGACAGGAGUUGGUGGUUAUAACACCAAACCCAGCCUUACCAAAAGACAGAUCGAAGGAUAACGUAACAGAAAUAGACACUGAAUUGAAAGCGCUAUUAAGAGACAAAACUCAGAAAUUUAACUUCGUCAUUGCAGAAGGAUUUCUAAAUCCUAAUCACAUUAUCGCAAAAAUCUUUGAUGCUCCAUUGAUAGUAUUCUCGUCUGCGCAAGUAUUUCCUGAAGUAUUUGAAAUGACAGAUUUGCUGAAGAGUGAGUUUGGAGCAGAGGUCCCGAUAGUUGAUAAACUAAAAGGUCUUGUGUCCUUAAUGCUUUUAAAUUGUUUUCCUAUAUUUGAUAAUAAUCGUCCUGUGCCUCCUGACGUUUUAUAUUUAGGAGGUUUGCAUCUGCAAUCCGUAAAAGAAAUAUCCAAGGUAAUUAAAUAUUAUUUGGAUAGCUCAAAACGUGGCGAGGUGUACGUCAGUUUAGAAACCAAUGUUCAAACUUCACUGAUGGGUAAGAAUUUAUUUGAUGUUUUUAUAAACGCCUUAAGAGAGAUACCUUAUGAUAUUUUAUGGAAAUUUGAUGGAGACAAUCUUGAAAAUGUCCCGGAUACUGUGAGUAUACAGAAAUGA